AAGUCGUCGCUCCUCGACGUCAUCGCCGGUCGGCAAAACGACUACACGGGCUCUGUCCUCGUCAACGGCGAAAAGUGGACCAAGAAAAUGAAGAAGCUCUCGUCGUACGUCAUGCAGGACGAUGUAUUCUACGAGACGCUGACUGUCAAGGAGCACCUCCUCUUCCAGGCCGAGCUCCGCAUGGGCAAGACCUUCGACGCCGCCCAGCGCGAAGCACGCGUCAACUACGUCAUCGAAGAGCUCGGCCUCGACAAGUGCCGCCACUCGCAAAUCGGUGGCGGUCGCAUCCGCGGUAUCUCGGGCGGUCAGCGCAAGCGCCUCAGCUUUGCCACCGAGAUCUUGACCAACCCGUCGCUUCUGUUUGUCGACGAGCCAACGUCGGGUCUCGACAGCUUCAUGGCCGAGUCGGUCAUUCAGCAGCUGCAAAAGCUCGCGCGCGAAGGCCGUACGGUCAUUGCAACGAUCCACCAGCCUGCGUCGGAGCUCUUCGCCCUCUUUGACAAGCUUGUCUUGCUCUCCGACGGUCAAACGGUCUACAACGGCAAGGCGUCGGAUGCGGUCGAGUACUUUGCGUCGCAGGGCUUUCCGUGCCCCAACUACAUGAACCCGACCGACUUCUUCAUGCGCCAGAUCAUCGCGCUGGACCCCAAAUCGGAGGCCGCGACGCGCGUCAAUAAGCUCGUCGCCAACUGGCACGCCAAGCAAAAGGCGGCCGAUAUCGACGCCCAGAACGACGUGAGCUCGAGCUCGAGCGUCGACGACGACACAGUGUAUGAGUCGACGCACCUCGGGCCGUCCGGGCAGCUCCGCGUGCUCAUCAAGCGCAACUUCACGCGGCUCCUUCGCGACAAGAUGACGUUCAACGCGCGCCUCGCGCAAAGCAUCAUCAUCUCGCUCUUCGUGGGCCUCAUCUUCUUCCAGCUCGAGCUCACGCAGGCGGGCGUCCAGUCGUUCACGGGCGCGAUCUUCUUUAUCGUUGUGGACCAGUUCAUGUCGGCGGCCAACCCCGAGUUCAUCUCUGUGCCGCUCGAAAUGCCCAUCAUGUCGCGCGAGUACCACAGCGGCUUGUACCACUCGUGGGUCUGGUACUUGGCCAAGAACCUCUCGGAGCUCGGGUUCCAGUUCUUCUACCCGAUGGUGUUUUUCAUCCCGCUCUACUUUAUGGUCGGCUUUGGCGCCUCGAACGCGACGCUCUUCUUCACCAUGUACCUCUUCCUCGCGCUCACGCAGAGCGCGGCGAUCGGUCUCGGCUACAUGGUGUCGUGCGUCGCCGGUCGCGCGGAGCUCACGCCCAUCAUCGGCAUCCUCACGAUCCUCCCGUUCCUCAUGUUUGGCGGUCUCUUCCUCAACGCCGACAUGAUCCCUGUCUACUUUACGUGGCUCGAAUUCCUCUCGCCGCUCAAGUAUGGCUUCCGCGGCGCGAGCCGUGCGUUCUGGAACACGAUCACCGACAUUCCGUGCAACCCCGGCGCCGUGUGCAACGCCCGCAACGGCGACGAUGUCCUCCGCAACCUCGCACUCGACAAGGGCUCGAUGGGCGGCGACGCGGCCUUCUUGAUUUGGAUCAAUGCCGUCUUCCGCCUUGUCGGCAUCGCCGCGCUCUACCUGCGCAUUCGCGCCAAGCACUAAGCACUAAGUACUAAGUAUAUCAACCCACGAAUUGAAUUCUUCUUCGUACGACUAGC